CAUGCAGGCUCUCCAGACGAUGUUGUUGCUACAACUCUCACAGGCCACCGUCUGGAUAGCUGUAACUUGUAUUAUGAACGACUAGCCGGGGUUAUGGAGAGUCGUAGCUUUAGCACGGCAUCUUCAGCGUCAGCUCUAGCGUCACUUAGCUUGGAGCUCAGCAAAAGCGAACUAGCUUUCAGAAUCAAGAUCACGCCCCCGUGUUCUCAAAGCGAUCGCGCAUACCACGCCCAAGGACCGCCCCCGACCUAUUGCGAGCGCGUACACCACGCCCACAGUUUUUCCACACCUCUCUUUGAGUGCGAGCGCGCACGCCACGCCCCCCAGCCUUUUCCACAACUCUCUCCUUCUCUGUGAGCGUGCACGCCCCCAAUCUUUCCCACUCUGUCCCUCGCUGUGAGCGCGCACGCCACGCCCCCAAUCUUUCCCCACCUCUCUGUGAGUGCGAGAGCGCGCAGGGCGGAGGAGUGCGGCUGUGGCGCGGGCUUGGAAGUGUUGCUGUCGCAGCCGGUAAACGGGCAGGGGAAAGACACAUAAGAAGCAGCCGCCAUGGCGGAGAACGCCGGCCUAGAGAACCACCGUAUCAAGAGCUUUAAGAACAAGGGGCGAGAUGUGGAGACUAUGAGAAGACACAGAAAUGAAGUGACUGUUGAGCUGCGAAAGAACAAACGAGAUGAGCACCUGUUGAAAAAAAGAAAUGUCCCGCAAGAAGAGAGCUUAGAAGAUUCUGAUGUCGAUGGAGAUUUUAAAUCGCAAAAUGUAACCCUCGAAGCAAUAUUGCAGAAUGCCACCAGUGAUAAUCCAGCAAUCCAACUAAGUGCAGUGCAAGCAGCAAGAAAAUUACUAUCCAGUGACAGAAAUCCACCUAUUGAUGAUCUAAUAAAAUCUGGAAUUUUGCCGAUCCUAGUGAAAUGCUUAGGGGCCGAUGAUAACCCUUCUUUACAGUUUGAAGCAGCAUGGGCCUUAACUAACAUAGCAUCAGGAACCUCGGCACAAACCCAGGCAGUGGUUCAGUCCAAUGCUGUGCCUCUGUUUCUGAGACUUCUCCAUUCCCUGCAUCAAAAUGUUUGUGAACAAGCAGUUUGGGCGCUUGGAAACAUUAUAGGAGAUGGGCCUCAGUGUAGAGAUUACGUCAUCUCGCUCGGAGUUGUCAAACCGCUUCUUUCAUUCAUUAACCCCUCAAUCCCCAUCACCUUCCUUCGGAAUGUCACUUGGGUCAUUGUAAACCUCUGCCGCAAUAAGGACCCUCCACCGCCCAUGGAGACUGUCCAGGAGAUUUUACCUGCAUUGUGUGUCCUCAUUUAUCAUACAGACAUCAAUAUUCUAGUGGAUACCGUAUGGGCUUUGUCUUACCUGACUGAUGGUGGCAAUGAACAAAUACAGAUGGUGAUAGAUUCUGGAGUCGUUCCAUUUUUAGUACCUCUCUUGAGCCACCAGGAAGUAAAAGUACAAACUGCAGCCCUAAGGGCCGUUGGUAACAUUGUUACUGGAACAGAUGAACAGACUCAAGUCGUCUUAAACUGUGAUGUUCUUUCUCAUUUUCACAAUCUUCUAACCCACCCUAAAGAGAAAAUUAACAAGGAAGCAGUGUGGUUCUUAUCUAAUAUUACAGCAGGAAACCAGCAACAAGUUCAGGCUGUCAUAGAUGCUGGCUUAAUACCUAUGAUUAUACAUCAGCUGGCUAAGGGGGAUUUUGGAACCCAGAAGGAAGCUGCCUGGGCCAUCAGUAACUUGACUAUAAGUGGAAGAAAAGAUCAGGUGGAAUACCUUGUGCAGCAAAAUGUUAUCCCGCCGUUCUGCAGUUUGCUGUCUGUAAAGGAUUCUCAAGUUGUGCAGGUUGUUUUGGACGGUCUGAAAAACAUUCUAAUUAUGGCAGGGGAUGAAGCUAGUACUAUUGCCGAGAUUAUUGAGGAAUGUGGAGGAUUGGAGAAAAUAGAAUCACUGCAACAACAUGAGAAUGAAGAAAUCUAUAAACUAGCAUUUGAGAUCAUAGACCAGUAUUUCUCUGGUGAUGAUAUUGAUGAAGAUCAAAGCCUUGUUCCUGACGCUACCCCAGGAGGUACAUAUCAUUUUGAACCCACAACCAGUCUGCAAACAAAGGAAUUUAACUUCUAAGUAUGUUGCUGUGCAGCUUUUCUGUCCCUCCGCAUACAGCACCACCAGAUAUCGACCCGUUGAAGAAACAUUAAAGGCUUAAAGAUACACACACGUCUCUUCGUUUUGAUGCUUCUAAAGCAAAAUCAUGUUAUCUUGUCACCUUGCAGUUGCCAAAUAUCACGUUCACACGGACUGUAAUUGCAUAUGCAUGAUCUCGGUUUUCUUUGAAAUUCUGACAGUCCCAACUAUAUCUCCUGCCUUUUCCAUUCAGCACCAUGUGCUGACGGCCACAACGUUCUUCUUUCAAAUUAUUCCAUAGUGGUGGCAUAUCAGCUUACUGCGGGAAAGUCGCUCCUCUUGAAUCUGCUGCACUGUACAUCCAGACUUUGGUUUGAUGCCGUUGUUUUGGAAGAAUUUGCAGGAGUAGUCUGCUCUGAGCCUCCAUCUUCCUACAUGAACAUUUUCAUAUUUUGUGGAACUAGAUCUUUAACGGAAAACAAAACAAAAAAAAAAAUUACAAAAAAAAAAAAAACCAUGCAAGCCAAAAUAUUUCAUUCACGAAACCGAAUAAAGGUUUUACUUGGGUGAUUUCAUGAAACAAAUUGUUUAAGAGAAAGACAAAUGUAGGUCUGUCUCUAAUUGGUGUUUCCUAAACUGCCUCAGAAGUCAGGAUUGGAGAGAAAAAAAAAACGGAACUAUUUCUAAGCAAAAUGCUUUGUAUUCUUUUGAACAUCAUGCCGUAUUUGACCACUUCUACAUACAUAUCCCGCUGUUUUGAAGUAACCAAAAGCUGUGCAUGGAAUUUCCUCUGAGCUUCUAGAAUAUGCCAGUUGAGCUGAAGCUGAAAGCAAGAGUAACUUACAAACCAAGCUGAGAUUUUGACGAGAACAAACGUAAAACACGCGGGUGGGGUGGGCCGGGGAUGGAACCUUGCUUUCAUCUUUUAGUUGACUUGGUCUUUUGUUUCAUUUAGGUGGCUACAGGCUUUAAUUUUAUUGGGUUCAAACUGUGGAGCUUUCAUGUUUACUGUAAUGUAGUCUUAAACAAUUUAUACUUCGUAACCAGUGCUUUUAAAAUCAUGGUUGGCAAAAAUAGAAAUAUUUAAAGCUUUAUUCAGAAUGACGCAGGAUGUUUAGCACAGAAAUUAGCCGACAGCUGGUGGAAAGAAUACGGCUCAUGGAAGUGUGUAAGAGGACGGAACUCCUAUAAGGUGGGUCAGUAGCGCUAUAUUGUCUCGCUUUCCUGCUGUACAGUUCCCUUUAAUAAUGUCCACAUAUGAUGGCUGCCGGUUAUAUACCUUAACGCUGACCUGGCCACCUGACAGUUAGAACCUGCUAAGAUUGUGAAAUAUUACAAUUAUAAUGGCUAUUUACUUUCACAAACUCUGACUUUUGGAGUUUUUUUUUUUUCCUUUGUGGUCGAAGCUACAGUGACCAGGAGCGCGUCGCAACUCCGACACUAAAACGCAGUGUGUUUGCGUUUGACGAUUCCCAGUUAAGUGAUGUGAUAGGAUAGAGGAAUGAAAACUACUUAGCAUACCUGAAUUGGUUAAUGUUUACUGUAUCGAGGAAAACGGACGCCAGCCAAGUUUUUGUGGGUCAGCUUCUCUGACCGUCAGUCGUGUUACUGAAGAACAACGCAGCAGAUGCGCUUUCAUUACAAUAUAUAUCUGCCAAGGUAGAGCCACUUUAAAGAGGGGGGGGUUUUGUCUUGUAUCGCCAGAAUGAUACAAGUGUAUGUUUAAACUGCAAGAUUUUUACUUGCUAAAGAAUCUGUUUUAAUAUAGCAGUUUGGCCUCUGAUUAUUUAUAGGUUUUAUAAAUUUUAGAAUCAAUUUCUCUUUAAGGUGGCUCAAAACUGAUUCAACUCUUGUGCACAUAUAAAAAAAAUUGAGUUGAAGUUCAUUGUGCCUUUUUUUCUUUCCCCUGUCCCCCAGAGUUUUAGAGUUGAAGCUUCAUAUCGUAAGUGCAUCCCAUUCACACCCUCCGGUCUAAAUGUGUGGUGUUUAACUUAAAAGUUACAGUUGAAGUCACAACUUGAUAUGGUCACGUUGCAGAGCGAAGCCCCGCUGACACUUUAUCCACAAGCAGUAUUUUUUUUUUUUUUUUAAUCCAUUUCACCUCCAAAUUUUACAAAGAGCGUCAACCAGUUGAGUGUCGGUGCUUGUAGGGAAAACUGGCAGUUCCGCCAAGAUGCUGCGACAGUUGCACCUGGGAGGAGUUUGCUUUCACAAGGAAGCUUUGCUGGCGGUUUGGAGGGUGUUAAAGCCUUAAAAGUGUACAUGACUAUUUUAAAGCGCUAACCAAGUGCUUGAUUCGCUUACCUGGGCCUGUGACCGUAUCAAGUUUUGACGGGGAUUGCGUCGUUGAAAAGUUACAAAAAUGGGGAAAAAAAAAAAACAAAGAUUAUUGCUGCACUUUUAAGUUUUCAAAACAGUGUUUGAAAAUGCAUUUUCUUUUAUAAUAACUGUUUAAAUAGACUAAAAUGUUCUUUCCGAAGAAGCAUCAAAAUGUGUUCCUAAUUUUGUAUAUGGGCUUAGGUUUUGUAACCAAUAAAAAGCUGCUAUCAAAUACUA